CAGUAGAGUAAUAGAGAGAGCAGCCUAGAGCGUCGCCGUCCAUGAGUCGUCACUUCCGCUUUCCUUCCCCAACCCAGGGAUAAAGUUUCCCGUCGUGCCCCGCGAGGCCUCUUUUCGCCUCGCGCGGCUCAAGAUGGCGGACACUCAGACGGAGAGGGCUUACCAGAAGCAGCCCACCAUCUUCCAGAACAAGAAGCGAGUGCUUCUGGGGGACACUGGCAAGGAGAAGCUCCCUCGCUAUUACAAGAACAUUGGACUGGGCUUCAAGACCCCCAAAGAGGCCAUCGAGGGCACCUACAUUGACAAGAAAUGCCCAUUCACUGGUAAUGUCUCGAUUCGAGGCCGCAUCCUUUCAGGUGUGGUCACCAAAAUGAAGAUGCAGCGCACCAUCGUCAUCCGAAGGGACUACUUGCACUAUAUUCGCAAGUACAACCGCUUUGAAAAGCGCCACAAAAACAUGUCGGUGCACCUGUCCCCUUGUUUCAGGGAUGUGCAGAUUGGAGACAUUGUGACGGUGGGCGAGUGCCGCCCCCUCAGCAAGACUGUCCGGUUCAAUGUCCUGAAGGUGACCAAGGCAGCCGGCACCAAGAAGCAGUUCCAGAAGUUCUAAAGGCAGCCUGUUUGCAGCAGCUUUCCAUGAGAUGUGCAAAUAAACCUUUUGUAAAGACCCA